AUGUCCACUCCAGACCCCCAAUCACUGUCUCAAGACCAAUCCCUCCAAGAACCACCAACAAUACAGAACCGUCUCCCAGUGCACACCCACCACUGCCGCUUCUGCAACCACCUCCUACUAUCCACAACGCGCGACAUCGCCUCCCUCCCGCGCCGCAAAGACCCCGCCAAAGACAAAGCCCUCAUCCUCCCUCUCCCAACAUCCACCACCCCCGAGGACUCAGACCCCAACCGACAAGAACACUACACCAUCCUCCUUUCGACAACGGUACCGGAUCGCAAGGCGACGCUCGUACGGCGCGAGGACGGCUUCGAGAAGAGAUUGUUUCUGCGGUGUGGACGGUGCCGCGUUGUGGUGGGGUAUUUCUUGGAUGGGGUGCUUUUUCCGAUGACUUCUGUUGCUGCUUCUGCUUCGGUGGGUGAGGGGGAGGAGGGCGAACGGAAGGAGAAGGUCGUUUAUUUGCUUCCGGGGGCGUUAGUGGAGACGGGGGCUAUGGGAGAUGAGGGGAGGUUGAAGGGGUUUGAUGAUGAAUGGAGGGGGUGGAGGGCGGAGGUUUGA